UAUCUGACCUGAGAGAGACUGUGCUCUUCUAUAUGAGAGAAAGAGCUAGAAGAGUGGCUUGAAGGAAUCAAAGCAGUGCUAAUAAAGGAAGCAUGGGUCGAUCAUGAUUCUGCUUGUUGCCCAGUAGUAGCUAUGACCAUUCUUUCUGCAUUGUUUUCAUCAUUCAUUGGCUGAAUAGCAUCUUCUUCGAGGGUAUUCAAGAUUUGAUCAAUAUUUUCGCUUUCUUGAGGAGAAUUAUAUGAUGGUUCUUUAAUACCUUUUGAUAUGACUGGUUGCAAUCCAAAAGGCAUACGUAUUUGAGAAGGCAGGCUUCCUUCCAUAUUUUGCUAUAAUUUUCAAUAUUUUA